UCGGCGGAUUUAUGCUUGUCUGUAAUCAUCACUAUGUAACUAUUUAAUGUCGGGUUGAAUUUGAGAACGAAUAGUUAAGUGUGUAUACUAACAUUGAUGCGAUGUUGGUGAGAUAACGAAACUCGCUGUGAAACGUUGUGAGUGUGUAGUUUUCAUACAAUCAUGAAAAAAGUUUCUCUAGCAGAGUUACCUCCCUUAUGCUAAGCGUACUGUACGUUUACUCCUUUGCCCUGACACGUCAACUAUUCACGCUGUAAAAACUCAGUAGAAAAGUGUUCACACCUCGCUACACGGAAAACAGGUCAACAUUCACGCCUGUCACCAUGACAAAAACUUGGUCCCCUUGAUAACUGAGCCUGAAAAAAAUAUUUUCAUACUGAUUUAUACAUUUCAUAUGUACGCAUAUUACUUUACAUGUUUGAGGCAAAUAUAUGGUUUCUUAGAAAAAAAGGUUUAAAUCUAUUUAACUCAUUACUCAUAUCAUAGAGUUUAUCCCCCUUUCAUCAUAGUGCCCGACUAACAAAAACAUGUUCAGUGUACCAAUGUACAGUUAGGAAUGGUUUAACCUUUAGCCUGCUGAAUUGUUUUAGCAUAAGGCGCUGUAAAGAGGGUGACAAGUUAUCUUUUAAAAAUUACAAUAUUCCAAAUAUUACUCAUCCACAUACUCCUUUCUCAAACAAAGAAACAAAUAAAGCACGGUAUGCACGGCACGCAAUAAUUGUACCAAUAGUCACAACUUUUACUGCAAAUAUGCUACUUUUGGAAAGUUGACAUGACUCGCCCAACCGAGAACCGAGAGCAGCGACCCAACGCGGUACCCAGUCUAACCAGCUGGUGACAGUAGGCCUUCUCCUAGACGGGUUUGUAUCCCCUAGUGCGCUUGCGCUCUUUGUCGCAUUACUUGUGCCGCCUCAAUGAGGCAAAGGACAGGGUACCAGUCAAAGCUGGGCCCCGUCUCUCAUAUCACAAUUUAACCUUGACGAUGCGCAUAAGGAGCCUGUAACCAGGUUAGGUGCCAGUCUAUCCUGGAUGGGAGAGCAGCGACACCAAGCGAAGGAUGCGGGAAACAGUUUACGCAAGCGCUGUGCAGGAGCUUCCUUUCGCUAUUUGAAAACAAGGUAGCGCCGGGAACGAAGCAUCGCUGUGAGGAGCUGGGAUAUACAGCUAAAUUUAGCACUGUGUUUUUCCAGUUGCAACGUGUCUUGACAGGGUGCGGAUCUCAUCCACGCAUAUCCCCAUGAUACAACACAGUAAGAUGAUGAUGAUGAUGAGUUAGAUGCCGACUUAGAUUGAAGACACUGAUGAAAAACAAGAAACAGUGAAGAAUGUUCAAAGACUGAAUCAGAACGAUCAAGGCCAGAUGGAUGAUAGUGACACAGAGUGUGGAGGAUGUACACCAGCAGAGUGCCCUGGGAAGCACAAUGACGGUGACACUUCAUCAGACGGGGAAAACAUGGACCUUGCAGGUAUUCCCACGGACAACCCUCAAGGAACAAUUGAAGGAGCAGGCUGUACUGCAGAGGGUGCAGAAAAUAAAGAUGUUGAUGAAGAGAGUGCUGAUGGAUGCUCGUUUGAUGACAUCACAGAUGAGGAAGAGGGGGAAGGAAUAGAAGACUUGUCACAGCUUGGAGCAGGUACUGUAGAGGUCAAACUCCAGACUGUUCAACAAGAGUCAUAUCAACUUGUAGAGAAAGAUACCACGACACUAGCACAACACAUUGUGGGAUGUUGUCAACAACCACAGGGAGAAAUAGCGUCAACACCACAGCAGGGGACACAACUCCAAUCAGCUUCAGAUGGUGAUGUUGAUCAGGCAACAAGCCAGGCACAAUUGUCCUCAACUACAUCUUGUGUAGUUCCUAACACAACCAGUCUACAGGACCCGACAAUGGCAGCCCUGACACCAGCGUCCACAUCAUCCCUUCUACCCAGAAUACCAGGAUCUGUUGCAUCAGAGAUACAGUCAUCCGGGCUACCUGUGGUACCAGUGACUGGUGAUUCUUCUGUGGUCACCCAGUACAACCUUAUCCAAGUACGGCAGCAGUUUGGUGAUGUGACAGUCCAGGGCGCCAGGAAUCUGAACAUUGGCGGAACGCAAAACGUUGGUACACCUCAGACCAACCCAGAGGAAGAGGAGAAGCCACUGACUGUUGCAGCACGGAAGAUCAGGAAAAGAACGGAAUCUAGGAUUCAGUCAAUGAGUAAAGACAUGGUGGAGACAGAAGCCCUCCAGAAAGUGACGCAGAAGCUGGACAGAGGAGCAACAUGGGUGACAAUUAAAGGAAGGCCGGGAGAGGGGAAGUCUACGAUAGCCUACAUGGCCCUCAAAGAUCAGCACACUCAGGGGAGACAAGUGUAUCAGGUGGUGUCACCAGAAGAGUUCAAUGAGGUCAUAACGGCCAGCAUUAACCCUGUCAUUAUGUUAGAUGACAUAUUCGGUGAUCUAGAAUUUGAUGUAGCAGAAUGGGCUAAGUGGAGACCAAGUCUACGACCUUUUGUGGAUAUGAAGGAUACAGACAAGACCACUGAAAAGGACUCUAUGGAUCAGUCCACUAAAAGUAAAAAAGAGAGAACAAAGGAUGAGCAAACAAUUCUCAAAAGAACAGCACCAAACAAAAGCAAAACGAUCAUUAUCCUCGUAGGCCGUGACUAUGUGCUGAAAUCCUCACUGGCAGACUUGGGAAGGAUGGCAGGUUACAUAUCUAUUCCCCAGUAUGUGGUGGAAGUCUCCUCACAGAGAGACUCUAAUGAACGAAGGAAGAUAUGGCAUGUUCAUGCCAAAACAAAAAACAUAGACUUUGAUGAGUCAACCGUGUCUCGGAUAUGUCAAUCUGACUGUCCACAUGGCUUUCCCCACGUGUGUAAAAUGUUUGUCACAACAUAUGAAAAGGAUCAGACUCAGCUUCCAGUAGAUACCUUUUUUCAAGCGCCUCUAGCAUUCCUCAAACAGACCCUAGAUAAAUUUCUUAAAGAUGAGAUAAAGGUUUCCCUGUUCAAGGCUAUGAUUAAAAGGGAUGGAAAGAUUAGUGGACAAGAGUUGGAAGAGGAGGAUGCCCAUGGAUACAAAUACAUAACAGCUGCUGAUGAUUUGGCUGGAUCUUACCUCAAGAAGGAAGAUGACACAUACAUGUUUGACCAUCCCUCUAUAUAUGACAGUGUCGCUUUAAUUCUCAGCAUGAAACAAUCAAAGUUUAUCAUCGAUUUUUGCAGUUUGUCAUUCAUCCAUCAGAGACUUCGUCUUAAAGCCUCCACAAGACCAGGGGAAAACGUUCCUGGUGAGACAGAUCUUGUUGCAAACAUCUCCUGGAACUAUGCUAAACAUCUAGCAAGAAGAUUUGCAACUGAAAUUUCAAGGAGCAAUUUGUUGCAUGUCUUAUCGCACCAUGCAUGUUGUAAUCCAGAGUUUAUAGACUUGCUAAUGGGCUGCCUGAAGACACAGUGUCACAUGUCUGUUUCUGAUAUUCUCAAACUAGCUGAUAACUCUUCAAAACAGUCAUUUUGUAAAUUAAUUUCUAGCAGCAAGUCACAUCAUCUCAUCAAAUUUAUUAUGGAGAAAGAAAACAGAACAUUAAGCCAGAGUGAACUGAGAGACAUAUUACUUGGGGUCUGCAUGAAUGCUGCUUGUAGUGUACUGACCUAUAUCAGUGAACACUAUCAGCUUGAGAUAGAUGCUAGAUAUGGUAGGAAGGAGAAAACGCCACUCAUGUUAGCAGCAGAAACCAAAGACAGUGUGUUUGUAAAUCAAAUUAUGGCCCUUCACCCUGACCUGAAUGCAAGAGACCGUCACGAUCAAACAGUCUUUCAAUACCUUUGCGCAAAUGGCCUUACAUCAGCUGUUGAACAUGCAAUCAACAUGGGCGUGGAUGUUAAUGAGCAUUUUUGUCUAUUGUUUUGUAUGUACCAAACUCCUGUAUACCUUGCCAUAAAAAAUGGUCAUGUCGGGGUGGUGGAACUGCUGCUGCAGAAAGGAUGUGAUAUAGAUAAACAGAGAGGUCUUGGUUGUGCAUUGAUGAGCCAGAACACGCAUAUGACGCGUUGUCUUUUAGACAGAGGAGCACAGGUUGACGGUGAUGCUGUGUACAUUGCUUGUAGGUUAGAACACUUGCCUACCAUCAAGAUGUUGUUUGAGGAGGGUGCCAAAGUUGACAUGAUUGCAUCUGAUGGCGAUACUCCUCUUCACUGCGCAUGUGGAAGAAACCCUAAUGUUGUCUUGUUUUUGUUGGGGAAAGGAGCAAAUGUGAAUGUCCAGAACAAUAUAGGUGACACACCACUUCAUACAGCAGGAAGGGAUGGAUAUACAAAGUGUGUUGGUGUGUUACUGAAGGCUGGAGCUAAUGUGAAUGUACAGAACAAUACAGGUGACACACCACUUCAUACAGCAGCAGCAGCAAGGUGUGGAUCUACAUGGAGUGCUGAUGCGUUACUGAAGGCUGGAGCUUAUGUGAAUGUACAGAACAAUACAGGUGACACACCACUUCAUGCAGCAGCAGCAGCAGCAGCAGCAGAAAAAGGGUACGGAUCUACAAAGUGUGUUGAUGCGUUACUGAAGGCUGGAGCUAAUGUGAAUGUACAGAACAAUACAGGUGACACACCACUUCAUGCAGCAGCAGGAGCAGCAGCAGCAGCAAAAGGGUACGGAUCUACAAAGUGUGUUGAUGCGUUACUGAAGGCUGGAGCUAAUGUGAAUGUACAGAACAAUACAGGUAACACACCACUUCAUGCAGCAGCAAGAAGGUAUAGAUUUACAGAGAGGGUUGGUCUGUUACUGAAGGCUGGAGCUAAUGUGAAUGUACAGAACAAUACAGGUGACACACCACUUCAUACAGCAGGAUGGGAUGGAUAUCCAGAGUGUGUUGAUCUGUUAUUGAAGGCUGCAGCUAAUGUGAAUGUUCAGAACAAUACAGGUGACACACCUCUUCAUAAAGCAGCAGCAGCAAGGUAUGGAUCUUCAGGGAGUGCUGAUGCGUUACUGAAGGCUGGAGCUUAUGUGAAUGUACAGAACAAUACAGGUGACACACCUCUUCAUAAAGCAGCAGCAGCAAGGUAUGGAUCUUCAGAGAGUGUUGAUGUGUUACUGAAGGCUGGAGCUAAUGUGAAUGUACAGAACAAUACAGGAUACACACCACUUCAUGUAGUAGCAAGAAGGUAUGGAUCUACAGAGAGGGUUGGUCUGUUACUGAAGGCUGGAGCUAAUGUGAGUGUACAGAACAAUAAAGGUGACACACCACUUCAUGAAGCAGCAGCAGCAGCAGCAUGGUAUGGAUUUACAGGGUGUGUCGAUGUGUUAGUGAAGGCUGGAGCUAAUGUGAAUGUACAGAACAAUACAGCCGACACACCGCUGCAUGCAGCAGCAAGGUAUGAAUCUAAAAAGUGUGUUGAUGCGUUACUGAAGGCUGGAGCUAAUGUGAGUGUACAGAACAAUACAGGUGACACACCACUUCAUAAAGCAGCAGCAGCAGGGUAUGAAUCUACAAAGUGUGUUGAUGCGUUACUGAAGGCUGGAGCUAAUGUGAGUGUACAGAACAAUACAGGUGACACACCACUCCAUGCAGCAGCAGCAGCAGCAAAGUAUGCAUCUACAGAGAGUGUUGAUGCGUUACUGAAGGCUGGAGCUAAUGCGAAUGUACAGAACAAUACAGGUGACACGACGCUGAGUACAGCAGCAGCAGCAAGAGAAUGGUAUACAUCGACAAGGUGUAUUGAUGAGUUAUUUAAGGCUGGAGCUGAUGUGCAUGUACAGAACAAUACAGGUGACACACCACUUCAUAAAGCAGCGCCAGCAGGAUGGCUUAGAUCUGCAGUGAGUGUUGCUGUGUUACUGGAGGCUGGAGCUUAUGUGAAUGUACAGAACAAUACAGGUGACACACCACUUCAUAAUGCAGCAGCAGCACCAAAGUAUCGAUCUACAUGGAGUGUUGAUGCGUUACUGCAGGCUGGAGCUAAUGUGAAUGUUCAGAACAAUACAGGUGACACACCGCUGCAUGCAGCAGCAGCAGCAGCAGCAGCAGCAGAAUGUAAUGGAUCUACAAAGUGUGUUGAUGUGUUACUGGAGGCUGGAGCUGAUGUGAAUGUCCAGAACAAUACAGGUGGCACACCAGUAUUUCAUUGACCAGGACAUCCAAAACCUUAUCAGAGAUAUGCCACUGUUAUUAGAAAUAAUUGCAGACAAAAAUGAUUUCAUGGAUGAAUGGUGGCUGUAUUGGAUUGCCAAAUACUACCUUGAUUAUAUUUCAAUGUGAGAAAUAAAAGAGGGGCUGAGGGGCAGAGCCAAAAAGAGUUUAUAACUUGGACACAUUUAACAUCCCCACGGUAUCACCAUAUGUACAAUUGCUGAGUAGAAUGAGAGGAAUGCAGGUUGUUGCCUUCCAUUAUAUGCACAUUCUCUGUAUGAAAAUUUGAUUUUGAUUUUUUAUUUCCGAUACCAUACCUAUUCAUCUGGAACU